AUGUCCGAAUUCCCUACCCUCCAGCCCGCCUUCACCUUCAAGGUCACAAUCGAUGCUCCGCUAGGCGUCGGCAGCGCAUCUCGGCAGAACAGCCUGCAGGUCGUCCCCAUGACCGGCGGCACUGUCCAGAGUGUGCCUGGAUUCUCUCCUGCUCUUGACGCCGAGUUCGUCGGUGUUGGCAACGACUACAUCCAUGCAGAUGCCGACGGCAAGCACUUGCGUCUGGAUGCGCACGGUGUUAUCAAGCCCAAGGAUGGCGAUGAUCUCAUCUACCUGAACUACACCGGUGUCUGUACCCUGCUUCCCGAAGUGCAGGCCGUCUUCGCCGGAGCUGCUCCUGAUGGCUCGACUCCGUUCAACAGUGCUUUCACGCACAUUACCUUCGAGACCGGCAGUGAACGCUACAAGGAGCUCGAGAACCGCGUCUUCAUCGCCCAGGGACGCUUCAACAUCGAAAAGGGCAAGCCUACUGUGGUCGAGUACCGCGUCAGCCAGGUUGUCCAGGGCUGA